AUCAUCUGAGCGGCAGCAUUUUCAACUCGCGACUGACAAGCAGCGGACGAGCGUCGCCGAUCCGUUGUCGAGAAGAGAUCCGAUCAGAUCAGAUCCCAGAUCCCUUGCGAUCCUAACCGAUCCAAACCGAUCCAAACCGAACCGAACCGAUUCGAACCGUUCCGAACCGAUUACGCGUUCCGUGAGUGCCGCGAGUUUUUCGAAUUCGUUUUUUUUUUUUUUUGUUAUUUUCUACAAUUUUCAACGGAUCCUUACUGUGUGCAGUGUGCCGGCCUUUAUCGAAUCGAAUUAGUUGCAUUUUUUUGCGAGUGCCCAGUGCCGAGGAUAACCCACAACACCAUUAGCAGCUGGCAUGAUGCUGCUCCGCCUGACUUUGCUGGCCGCCUGCUGCUUCUGUGCCGCCCAAGCGGUGCUCAGCGGCAAGGAGCUCAAACGCCGCGAGGCGGGAUUCGACACCUACGGACCGCCUCCGCGCCCCGCCCCCCAAUACGGACCUCCGCCCCCACAGCACGUGCCUCAUCGGGAGUACGGCGUGCCGCAGCAGAUUCCCUUCCGGGAGUACGGUCCACCUGCCCUGAAAUACGGACCACCCAAGCUUAACUUCCUGGGAGGAGGAGGCGGCGGCGGCGGCGGCGGAGGUGGCUCCCUGCACGAGCAGAUCAAGACCCACUUUGGAGUGCCCAAGCCCUUCUACGGACCCCCUCACAUCCAGCACAAGCCCGCUCCCCAGUACGGUCCGCCCAAGCCCGCUCAGCAGUACGGACCACCACCUCAGCCCGCUCCUCAGUAUGGUCCGCCCAAGCCAGCUCCUCAGUACGGACCGCCACCGCCGCAAUACGGCCCACCACCACCGCAGAAGAUCCAGCACCGUCCGGCACCACAGUACGGACCCCCGAAGCCCCAGUACGGACCGCCGCCACCACCGCCGCAGCUGCUGCCCUCGCCACAUGCCGCGCCCCUCUUCAAGCCCGCCCACCAGCCGGCCACCUCGUACGGACCGCCUGCCUCCGGACCACUGAACCUGCCGCCCAAGCCCAUCUACGAUGCCCCGCCGCCAAACUACGGACCUCCGCCGUUGCCCGUUGCCCUGCCCGGCAACGGACCACCGACCACCACGAUAAUCCUGAGCGGAGCCGGACACUCCGGACACUCUGGCUUCACCGGACCCAGUGGCCCGGGGCCCCUGAAGCAGGUGCAGAUCCAGAUCGACGCCUCGGGACACACGCACAGCGUGAGUGGAUCCCAGGCACCCUUCCACACGGCCUGCGACGGCUGGAAGCCCAUUCCGGCUCCAGUGGGCGCCUACGUGGAGCAGAACCACAUCGAGACGCAGGGUGGGUACAGCCAGGUGGCCCAGGGACAUGGCGGAUCCUUUGGCACGCAGUACAGCCUGGGCGCAUCCACUGGAUCCGGAUCAGGAUCGGGCAGUAUCAUCGAUGGACUCUCCGACGAACAGCUGGUGGCGGUGGCCCUUCAGGGAGGAGGCGAUGGCGCCCAUUUGAUCACCGGACCCGGAGGCAACUCCAUCGAAGCCGAAGCUCUGCAGGCCGCAAUUGGUUCACUGGAUGACUCGUACUCCAAGCCACCGUCGGAUUCCUUUGCGCCCGGCUCCGUGCAUGCCCAGAAGUACCAGACCAUUGGACACUCCGAAUCUUCAUCGUCGUCAGGCGGCAACUAUGGCCCUCCACCCCCUCCCCCGAGUGGCAACUACGGACCACCACCACCUCCGCCAAGCGGAAACUACGGACCACCACCACCUCCCCCAUCCGGGAACUAUGUACCACCACCGCCUCCUCCAUCAGGCAACUAUGGACCACCACCACCUCCGCCCAGUGGAAGCUAUGGACCUCCCCCAAGUGGCAACUUUGGACCACCACCACCCCAAUUUGCCGCCCUCACCAGCAGCAGCAGCAGCAGCAGCCACGCCCACUCCCAGUCGAAUGUGAACAUCCAGUACGGACCGCCAUCCGGAAAUCCGCAGCCAUUCCCGCAGCACGGAGCUGGUCAGCCCAACAAGCCCGUGGCCUAUCGUCCGCCAGUGCCCGCUGGCCUCUUGGAAUCGAUUGGCGCCACUGUGCAGCAUCUGGAUCAGUUUGGAGUGAAGCCGCAGCAACAGCCUGCCACGUACAUUCCGCCGGCGGCCAAUGAGAUCGCUCUGGCCGGUUCCGCACCGCCAUCGCUGCCUGCCCCACAGGCCCUGUAUCAGCCACCACCUCCACCGCCUCCCGCUGCUGCUGCUCCCCAAGUGAUCCUGCAGCAGCAGCUGCCUGCUCCUCAGCCAGGACCCUCGUUCAUCCACCAGAAGCAGUUCGGACCACCGGGACCACCACCGCCGCCGGAGCCCCAGUACCUGCCGCCUCCAGUGGCCAAUAUCCGGCCCGUGGGACCACCCCCACCGCCACCACAGCAGCAGUACCUGCCCGCCGCUCCACCACCGCCAAUCUUCUUCCAGCAGCAGCAGCAGAACCAACACCACCACCAUUCGGAAAACAGCUACAGUGCCUCGCAGUUCCAUGCCCAGGGACUGCCACUGCCGCAGCAGGCGCCCCGCUUCAAUCUGCAGCAGCAGCAGCAGCAGCAGCCCAUCAUUGUCCAUGACUGCGGACAUGGCCCGAAUCUAGUGAGCAGCAAUGGCUACCAGGUGCAACAGCAGCAGCAACAGCAGCAACAGCAGCAGCAGCACUUUGGCAGCAUUUCGGCCGCAUCCGCGGGAGCUUACAAUGCCAUCUCGCAGAGCAUUCCGGUGGCGGAGCAGCACACCCAGCAACUGGUGACGGGUCCGGCGGACAGCUAUGGUCCACCACCCUCCGGAAACGAUUUGGACUACGAUCACGCCGGCUAUGCCUCGCAGAAGAAUGCGGUGGCAGCACUGCCCGAUGGCACGGAUCCCCAGCAGUUGCCCGGAUUGGAUGGCCUCGACGUCCUCUCGGCCACCAAGUCACAGAGCAUCCAGCUGAAUGGUCAGCAGCCGACGCAAAACUUCCAGGUGCAGUUUGGGGGAUCCCUGAACAACAACCCCAGUGCUUCGAAUGGCGAUGCCAACCACGAGGAGAUCUUGUCGCAGGGUCUGCUGCAGUCCAUCCUCACGGCCAUCGAGCAGCCCAGUCAGCAGAAUCUGCCCCAGAACCACAAGGCCCAGAGUCGCUCCGACGAGCAUGAUCAGGUCAGGGAUCACGAUCAUGAGGAUCUGGAUCAAGGCAAUGAUGAAGAUGAGCCCAGCUCCAGCUCCUCCAAUCGCGUGGAGGUGCGUGUGCUGCCCGAGAAUGGCGACAACGAGGAGGAGACUCCCGCCGAGGUCAAGGAGAUCGAACCCAUCGUGGUCAACGAGGAGGAGGCCAAGCAUUAGUCAGCCCCAAACAACACUAGUUACAUCGAACUCAUCAGCGCCGCUUGAACCUAUUUAUUGCUGCCUCAUCUUCAUCAACUGUAAGAGCUGAGCUCCAGCUGUCCCCCAGUUGCCAUAAAGUGAAAGUCCAGGGGACAGGUGGGGGGUACACCCCACACUACAAUACACCAAACACACACUACACACACACACAUCUUACACACACCCACAAUGAGAACAAAGAAGCUACCAUUGACAUGCGCUGCAAAGUGCCUUUUCAUGCUCGCAGCUCUCGUGUAUAAAAAUUAUUUAAAGUAAAUAAUUAAUUUAUUAUAGCAUUGUAUUGUAUUUUAUGC